GCUACCAGUGUGCUUAAUCUCUUAUCGUUGAUAAGAAGAAGGUACAUACAUUUUUUAUUUCUGCAAUCUGCAGGUCGCGCCAAAGUCUUCAAAGUUACAUCUCGUCGCAUCAAAACUUCUGUAAAAAUGGCGCCUUCGAGAACAAAAACAGUCAAAAACAAACAUGCCGCGAAUAAAUCCGGUAUAAGUUCUAGCAAGUCGUCAAAAGGAGGCCCGUCGGAUGGCAUCGUCAAGUCGAAACGGAAAGGUCCGGUGCUCUCGAAGCAAGUAAAAGGGAAAAACGUUCCUGGCCUACUGAAGAAAAAGAAGAGGGUCUACUCGGAGAAGGAAUUAGGUAUCCCAGAAUUGAAUAUGGUGACCCCGGUCGGAGUUACGAAGCCUAAAGGGAAGAAGAAGGGCAAAGUCUUCGUGGACGACAAGGAGAGUAUGAAUACGAUUCUAGCUAUGGUACAGGCCGACAAGGACGGAGAGAUCGAGUCCAAGAUGAUCAAGGCCCGACAGAUGGAAGAAAUCCGCGAAGCGAGAAGGAUCGAGGCGGAGAAGAAAGAGGAAGAGAAAAAGGCAAAGCUCGAUGAGACCAAGGAAUCGCUGAGGAGAAAGAGGAAGAGGACCAAGCAGUCCAAUGAGAACGACGACGAUGCUAGAAUCAAGGAAGUCGCAUCUGCUGGGACCAAGGCCACUAAACCCAAGAAGAAGAGGGUAUCGUUCGCCUAGGAGAUUUUGGACGGGCAUAUGAAUGACUGGACGGCGUUUUGGCGUUGAUUCGGGCUACCCCCGAAAAAAAUACGAGCAUUGAUCGAUAAGAUUAGCAUCAAAACAUUUUCGUGAUACCCCUAAGACGGAAUUAAUAUGACCAUUGCUAUGUGCAUGGGUCUAAUCAAGUUAUUCAAGUUAGUUUAUCGUACAACUAGAACAUGGCUCCAAUCCCAAUCAUAUUACUUCCUCGAACAUACGCCUUACACUCGGGAUGUGCCUUAGAAGGGUUAUGCGAACCGACGGCAUAACCUUUUACUACUGUUAAUAUGAUUGUCACAGUCCGUCAAACCCCCUGCUAUAUAGCACGCUUGAUCAAUAAAUGACUAGGUAGCGAUUUAAUUAAGCUGAAC